AAAAAAAAAAAAUUUUGAAAUGUGGUUUAAACUCGGUACAAUGCUGCUAAUAUUGGUCUUUUGUGGGCUAACAAUGGCCACAAAUUUGGAUAAAUAUGAAGGUUACUACAAAUAUACUGUAUUUCAUAAUGGUGAAGAUGUUUUCAAUCAUAUGGUGCAAUUGCAAACAGUGGAUGAAAAUUUGGACUUUUGGUUACUGACACGUAAUAUGUCUAUAAUAUCUGUAAGCCCUACAGUGCAACCAUUCCUAGAAACGAGAUUGAAGAAAUUACGUGUACCAUAUGUAGCCAAACCAUUAAUGGAAGAAAUGUCUGCCUUCACUCAAAAUGUGACUGAUACCGAAUGUGAUAAUUCAGAAUGCACAUUAAGUCGUUCUAAGAGACAGGCUCGUGGUGUUUUUGGACAUUUUCCACGUUACAGUGAGAUUUUAAAUUAUAUGAGCGCUCUUGCUUCAAGAAAUCCACAAUAUUGUCGUUAUGAGUCUUUGGGUCGUACACAUGAAGGACGCCACGUAGCUGGAUUGUCUAUAUCUUUGAACAGUCAACUUCGUCCCAGACGUGUUGCUUAUGUUCAAGGUGGUACACAUGGUCGUGAAUGGAUUACACCUUUAGCUGUACUUUACUUGGCCAAUGAGUUGUUAAAUAAUUUGCGUGCUUUUCAGAGCGUUUUACAAGAUACUGAGAUAUAUGUGGUACCUUUAGUCAAUCCAGAUGGUUAUGAAUAUACACAUACACGAGAUCGUUUUUGGCGUAAAAAUCGUCAUCAUUAUGGUGGUAGAUCAUGUGUGGGUGUUGAUAUUAAUCGGAACUUUGCUAACAAUUGGAAUUAUCGUGGAGCAAGUCAAAAUUUAUGUUCUGAAGUUUAUUCUGGUACAUCGCCUGGUUCUGAGGCAGAAACAUCUGCUGUGGCUCGCUAUUUGAGCGCCAAUCGUCAUCGUGUUAAACUUAGUUUGGAUGUGCACUCAUUUGGAAAGUACAUCUUCUAUCCUUACGGUUAUUCGAGAAAUGCCCUUGCGCCCACACGUAAUUUACUGCAUUCAGUAGCUCAACGUGCCGCCACACAAAUUGCCAAAUAUCGUGGCACGCGUUAUUCCGUUGGCACGUCUGCGGGUAUCCUUUAUGAGGCUUCUGGUGGCUUAGAUGAUUAUGCUUAUGGCAAUUUGGGUAUACCGAUGUCCUUCACGCUUGAGUUGCCCGGUGAAAAUUUCCAAGUGGCCCAAUCAGAUAUAAUACACAUUUGCAAGGAGACAUUUGCGGGUUUGAUCGAAUUUAUCAGGCACGUCAGCUUGUACUAAUUUUUAUAGGUCCUUUUUAUGUUUAUUGGUUGUGUGUUUUAAAUGCAUCGUUGUUAAUUUUAA